AUGCCAGAACCACCAGAAGAGCUUCGACUGCUGUACACAAGUGGGGAUCCUGAAUCACAAUAUUUUCGGGACAGCAUUAGAUUUUUCAAUGAUCAUUUCUCGUUCACCACACUCUAUUGUGAUUAUGACAAGGAACUCGCAAAUGCAAGAGAUGGAGUGUACACAUUUAAAGCUCAUGGACAAAUGUACCACAAUAUACACUCAUUCGGACAACGAGAUGAUGACCCGAGCCAUUUGCAACUAUACUUCUAUGAUGACGAUCCUUUCUUAUCACAUCGUUUUCGAUGUGCCCGAGAUGAAACAUAUAGAGCAAGAGAUAGGAGUGUCAUUAGAAGUUUGGUGGGCAUCCUAAGAGACAACCCUUACUCUGAAACAUUCAGGAGCCUGGGACAAGUUGAAGACAUGGACGAAUAUCGUAUUGUGCUAAACAUUGAAUACAAACUAGACCAGAGAGUAUAUAACAUGUCAUUAACAUCAAAGGUGGCUGCUGUGUGGGUCGAGGGGAGCGAGUUGCACAAACAUUUUGAUCGCAGCAUAACUCUCUUUGCUAAUAAUGACACAUAUUAUUCAAUCAGACCUCAUCAUGGCUGCUAUGACCCUUUGUCAUAUCCUCUCCUUUUCCCGAGUGGGGAGCUUGGUUGGCAUCCAGAGAUACCAAAACAAGGUGUUGAUAUUAGACAGAUACGAAGGUCUCAGUCCGUAAAUCCCGAUAACCCAGACACUAAUAGCACGUUGUGCGUCAUGAUGCGCAAAUAUUAUUGCUACAAGUUCCAGAUGCGCCGUGGAAUUUUCAACACCAUCUUGCAUGGGAAGCGCCUAUUCCAGCAAUUUGCAGUUGAUACCUAUAUAAAGCUUGAAACAUCACGUCUGAACUAUAUUCUGCACAACCAAUCAAGAAUACGUGCAGAUCUUUACCAGGGCUUAGUGGAUAGUGUAUCUGCAGGGGAGAAUCAAGCAAGUGCAAUGGGCAAAAGAUGGGUCCUUCCAGCGUCAUUUAUUGGUGGCCCGAGGGAUAUGAGACGACGAUACAUGGAUGCUAUGGCCUUGGUGCAGAAGUACGAUAAACCAGACAUCUUCCUCACCAUGACUUGCAACCCUAACUGGGAAGAAAUACUUAGGGAGCUUGAACCUGGCCAGACACCACAAGGCCGUCCUGAUCUUGUUGUGCGAGUAUUUAAAGCUAAAUUAGAUGAUCUCAAGUUUCAGCUCUUCCAUAAUCACAUCCUUGGUGUUGUUGCGGCGCAUGUCCAUGUCAUCGAGUUCCAGAAAAGGGGUCUACCGCAUAAUCAAAAUCGCACAUGCAAGAGCUAUUAUCCACGCCAGUUUACUGAUACAACUCUCCAAGGCAAGGACUCUUACCCUAUCUACAGAAGACGGGAUGGUGGGCAAAAGGUACAUGUAAGAGGGCAUGUCUUGGACAACAGAUGGGUUGUACCAUAUAAUCCUAAGCUACUAAGGAGGUAUGACUGUCACAUCAAUGCCAAGGUUUGUUCAAGCAUUAAGGCUGUCAAGUACCUUUACAAAUACAUCUACAAGGGUCAUGACAGGGUAUCUGUUUCUAUCAAUGAUGCCAAUGACAAUCAUGAGAUUAAUGAGAUCGAUGAUUACAGGGAAGCUAGAUGGGUAGCCCCACAGGAGGCAUUGUGGAGAAUCUUUGCCUUCGAUCUUAGUGGGAUCUUCCCCCCAGUGCUCCAGCUGCAAUUUCAUCUCCCUGGCAUGCAUCUCGUGUCCUACAGAGAUAACGCGGAUGUACGUCAGGUUUUGGACCAACAAAGUGCCUCUGAGACCAUGUUAACUGGGUAUUUUAAGGCGAAUUGUGAGUUCCCGUGGGCACGAAGCAUACUAUAUAGGGAAUUUCCAGAAUAUGCAGUUUGGAACCCUACAUUAAAGAAAUGGAAGAAGAGAAAACAACGCACACAGGUUGGAAGGAUCAUCUCAGCGCAUCCUGCGGAGGGAGAAAGAUACUAUCUAAGGGUACUACUAAACCACGUGGCAGGUGCUACUUCAUAUGAAAAUCUAAGGACAUUUGAUGGUGUUGUCUACCCUACCUUCCGAGAAGCUGCUGAGAAAAGAGGUCUUAUUGAGUCAAACAAUAACAUCGAUGAUUGCCUAACAGAGGCUGAAAUAUUCCAUAUGCCAUCAUCUCUCCGAAGGCUGUUUGCCACAAUAUUGGUUUUCUGCGAACCCAACGAUGUCCGUGGGAUAUGGAACAAGCACCUAGAGGCAAUGUCCGAUGACUUCCGACGAGACCAAAUGAACUCACAUGUAGUUGAACAAAUGAUUCUGUUGGAUAUUAGAAAUAUGCUACAGUCAAUGGGUAAAGACAUAUCAUCAUUCCCUCUUCCUGAGAUCGAAGAGGAGCAUGACACUAUGUAUGGAGAGGUAAGGGAAAUAUUUGAAGAGAGAUCUAUAGAGGUAGACCAUGAAUUUGCCUCGGUCGUGUCAUCUCUCAAUCGUGAACAACGGUAUGCUUAUGACAAAAUAUUAUCCUAUGUUGACAGCGGUAAUGGAACUGCAUUCUUUGUUGAUGGUCCUGGAGGGACCGGAAAGACAUUCCUAUACAAAGCUUUGCUAGCGAAGGUUCGUAGUGAGGGAAAAAUAGCAGUUGCUAUUGCAACAUCUGGUGUUGCUACCUCAAUCCUGCCUGGAGGCAGGACUGCACACUCAAGAUUUAAGAUAUCAUUGGGCAUACAAGAAGGAGGAGUGUGUAACUUUACAAAGCAGAGUGAGAUCGCGAAACUUCUUCGAAUGGCUUCACUUAUAUUAUGGGAUGAGGUCUCUAUAACAAAAAGGCAAGCAAUUGAGGCACUUGAUAAGAGCCUGAGAGACAUCAUGGAAAAGCCUGAUCUACCAUUUGGAGGAAAAACGAUUGUUUUUGGAGGCGACUUCAAGCAGGUCCUUCCAGUUGUGCGAAAGGGUACAAGAGCACAAAUAAUAAAUGCAACAUUACGCAAAUCUUACCUAUGGGAAAACAUGCAAAAGCUGAGGCUUGUUCGUAAUAUGAGGGCUCAAUCAGAUCCAUGA